AUGGCUUUGGCACCUGUACAAAUCCCGCUUCUUGGUGCCACGUUUGGGGUAAUUCUCGUCGGGGCCAUUCUUUCUGCUAUGCUAUUCGGGGUGUCUAAUCUUCAAUCGCUCUGGUACUUCAAACAGUAUCCAAAUGACUGGUGGUUUUAUCGAGUCGCCGUUGCGGUCAUUUGGAUCCUAGAUACAUUAGAUGUCGCGAUUAGCACUCACGCGCUGUAUUUCCUUCUCGUUGAGACUCGGAUAGUGGGCAGGUUCCUCACUAUGGAUCAGCUUGAAAUCAUUUGGAGCUGCAAAGUUUGUAUUGUGAUUGUAACGUUGAGACUGGUGGUUAACUUCUCGUCGACAGUUGCAUAUUCUUCUUGGAACUUUUUCAAAGUAGCUGUUCAAGUUGUAUAUGCAGUGCGGCUUUGGAAAGUCGGACAACACUUUCAUAAAAUCGUACCCUGGCUCGUUGUUCUCAUUACUGCGUGCAAUGCCGGAACCGGAAUAUAUCUAGUUCACGGAACUUACGAGAUCUCCGGCUUCUCCGAAGUCCCCACCAUCAGAACUCCAAUCAUCGUGUUGUUCUCGACGAGUACAGCAGUUGAUUUUAUCAUCGCCAUCGCCAUGUGUUACUAUCUGAACAGAAGCAGGGCAGCUUCGAUGUUCCCUAAGUCCCACCAUUGCGAUGCUGGUUGCGCUGAUGCGGCUGAUUUGAUAUCUGGGCUGGUUACGAGCAUGUGCUCUACAGCUGUUCUUAUAACGUUUCUCGUUUGGCCCAAUACACUCAUAUUCAUUGGGAUCGAUUUCAUGCUGCCAAGAUUGUUUAUCAACUCUUUGUUAGCAAUGCUCAACGCACGAAAGGAACUCCGAAAGAUUCAAGGCUCUCAGUUUUUGGAACCGAACGGUGACUCUCAGCUGAGACUUAAAUCUAGAUGCGAGUGCAAUGGAGGAACGGAGAUGCCCAUCGUUAUAUCUAUGAGGAUUGAGUCGGAAUCGGUUUAA